UCUUCUUCCCCUAUUUAUACGGCGCUCGUGCGCGUCACUAAUUUCAACGGCAGCCGUCGUGUUCCUCUUGCGUCCAGGAAGACGAGCUCAAGCUCUAGAACUAGCGCCAACAACACCAGACCUAGCCCUCCUCCUCCUCCUGAUUCUUGUUGUGUGACCGCCGUCUUCUUGUUCCCACCAGCGAUCAUGGCUUCCUCUUCCUCGUCCGUGCCGUUCCAGACUCCGAGGAAGGUGGUGAAGAAGGUGCUGUCCUUGUCCCAGUCCGAGGGGGACGGCGCCACCGUCCGCCGGAGCAUCGGCCGGCACGAGGUCCGGAACCUGGACCCGUUCCUCCUGCUGGACGAGUUCUCCGUCUCCAAGCCCGCCGGCUUCCCCGACCACCCCCACCGCGGCUUCGAAACCGUCACCUACAUGCUAGACGGGGCUUUCACCCACCAGGACUUCUCAGGGCGCAAGGGCACCAUCAGGACCGGAGAUGUGCAGUGGAUGACGGCUGGCCGCGGCAUCGUGCACUCGGAGAUGCCGGCUUCCGACGGCGUGCAGAAGGGCCUGCAGCUCUGGAUCAACCUCGCCUCCAAGGACAAGAUGAUCAAGCCGCGGUACCAGGAGCUCGAGAGCAAGGACAUCAGCCAGGCCGAGAAGGACGGUGUGAAGGUGCGGAUCAUCGCCGGGGAGGCCUUCGGGGUGCGGUCGCCGGUCUACACACGGACGCCAACCAUGUACAUGGACUUCACAAUGCAACCAGGGUCGCAACUCCACCAGCCAACCCCCAAGGGCUGGAACGCUUUCGUGUACAUCAUCAAAGGGGACGGUGUAUUUGGCAGGGAGGCCGCGGCGCCGGCGAGCGCCCACCAUUGCCUUGUACUCGGCACUGGCGAUGGGCUCAGUGUGUGGAACCGGUCCGGUGCGCGGCUGCGGUUCAUGCUGGCGGCAGCUCAGCCCUUGAACGAGCUAGUGGUGCAGCAGGGGCCCUUCGUCAUGAACUCUCGUGCCCAGAUCCAGAAGGCCAUGGAGGACUAUUACUACGGCCGCAACGGCUUCGAGAAGGCCAGCCAGUGGAGCUCCACUUGAGUCUGAUCAGUUUGUCGACGUCAUCUUCUAUAUCUAAAUAGCUAGCCCCCACUAACUAUUUUUCUCAACAUGCAAGCAUGCCACAUCAUCCCAUAGCAUGCAUGAGAAAAGGCCCACCUUCACUAUCAUAUGUCUCCCAACAUGCAAGCAUGUCACUUCAUCAUUAAACAUGCAUGAAAAAAAGACUCAU